CCGGGUCGGCAGUGCAGCGCCGGGGCUGGCUGGCGGCGCCCGCGGCGCGCGGGCAUGGCGGGCUGGUGGCGGGCACUGCCGCGCGUGGCCCGGCGCUACCCGUGGCCCUCGAACGUGCUGCUCUACGCCGCGCUCUUCUCGGCGGGCGAUGCGCUGCAGCAGCGGCUGCGGGGAGGCCCAACCGACUGGCGCCAGACGCGGUGCGUGGCCACCGUGACCGUGGCCUUCCACGGCAACUUCAACUACGUGUGGCUGCGCCAGCUGGAGCGCGCGCUGCCGGGCCGUGCGCCGCGCGCCGUGUUGGCUAAGGUGCUGUGCGACCAGGCGAUCGCCGCGCCGGUCGCUGUCUCGGCCUUCUACGCCGGUAUGAGUAUUCUCCAGGGAAAGGAUGACAUAUUUUUGGACCUGAAACAGAAAUUUUGGAAUACAUAUAAGAGUGGUCUGUUUUACUGGCCUUUUGUACAGUUGACGAACUUCUGCUUUGUUCCCGUUCACUGGAGAACAGCUUACACUGGACUCUGUGGUUUUCUCUGGGCCACUUUCCUGUGCUUUUCACAGCAAAGUGGUGAUGGCACAUUGAAGUCGGCUUUCACCUUCCUUCACAUUAAGGAGGCCAGUGCAGUUAAAAGGCCCUCAGAGAAAUAAAUCAGACACUCCUCCCAUAAAGCAACUAAAUUUGCCUAAAAUGCAGCGGAUUGCCCUCAGAUAAAAUAUUUUCUUAUUUACCAGUUAUGUGCUUCAUUUUGAAGAAUUACUAUUAUAUAGACCCAGUUAUUAGAAUUAUCACUGAUAAUUUUAAGUUUUAUUCAAACCACCUGUUUUUGUUUCAGUCCAGCUUGAAAGUAUAAAAAGCGUGGGGCUUCUUUUACUUCUGUAAUAUUUUCACUUCUCUGAUAUUUUGAUUAUUAUUGAUAACAGUGACAGUAUGCCAUUUUGUAAUUAUUAAUCUUUCUAUUCUAAUAUUUUAUUACCAGUUGAUUUAAGGCACCCUAGUUUUGAUUAUGUAUAUCUCUAUUGUAAAAUCUUUUGGGUCGGAUUACUUUUUGUACCAAAAGUCAUUCUAUAGUAAAGUCCUCUUUAUAUAGAAUUCAAUCAAGGAGAAGAGAGAAUAACCAGAUCCCCUCCCCCAAAAUACUGCAUAAUAAUUUAUUGUUUUGAUGAUAUUAAAAGUUCUCUAAGUACA